UCAAGAUUACAAAUGGGUAAACAUUGUCCAACAAGUCAGUACUAUGAUGAGUUACUGCAGUCCUGUAAAGCCUGCAACCUUCGCUGUGGAAAUCUUCCUCCUGGUUGUCUCAACUUUAAUCUCUGUACAAGGACUUCAAAUUCCCCAGUGACGCACAAAGAGGUCCCGCCAACGAGUGUCAGGCCCACAAUCACAUAUAAAACAAAAGGCCCCCAUAACCCUGAGGUUGGAAAUAACGCAAACUACACGAUUUGGCUGGUGGUGUUAUUGAUUGCUGUGUUAAUAUCAACUAUAAUAAUUGUAACAAUUAUGCUGCAUAGAAAACGGAAGCUGCACGCAGAUACUUUUGGCGAGGCCUGUGGCAAGAUUACAACUAAAAUCAGGAUUAAAGGUGCAGAUUUAGAACAGGCCUCAUGUGAUGAACUAAAGAAACCAGUGGCAGAAAACGAAGAUGUGGACAACCCAGUGGGUGCCAAUAUUUAUGACAACGCUCUGUCUGAUUAUCUGUUUCCUUUGCCGGCGGUAGAGGAAGGAGCUGCUAUUCUCGUCACCACAAAAACAUCUGCUUGUCUUAAUCCUGGCCCAGGUGUGAGGGGUGAAGCUUUUGUGGAAAUAUAAUCUCACAUCUCUCUGUCAUUGAUUGAGACACUAGACGACACCAAGAGCUCUGUGCCUGUUGAAUGUGUAUAUAUGCUACGACAUAACAGCUAUGUGACUACCAUUGUCAGGAGGCCUAUUUUGUGAUGUGUUACCUCAUACUACGAUCUUUUACAUAAAGAUCUGAAACGCACAUCAGUUAUGAUCCACAUCCUUUGUACAGAGCUGUAGCUAGGCUUUACUUCAUCUAGGGCAAAAUAACAAUUCACAGCACCCAUCCGUGCCUCAUCCUGGAUCAAGGCUCGUGCCCCAGUAGUCCCCCUAGCUAUGUCCCUGCUUUAAAGGGAUUGUCGGGCAGAAUAACUUUCUGGAAGAGGCAAAAUGUUGUUAAAAAUGAAAGAAGCAUUACUCACCUCACUGAUUCCCCAUUGACGUCAUUUGGGUCUCUGCUGGUCUCUGUUUCCUGGUCUGGGAUCAACACACAGGAAGUAAUAGGAGAUGCCUGCUCCAUGCCUCCUAAGUGUCCCUCUUUUGACCCAAGUCCCUCUGUCCCUCUUUGAUCCUUAAAUGUCCCUCUUUUUGAUCUUAGAAAUUAAUGCUUAAAUGUGCAUUAACAAAUCUACUAAACUAUCUGUAUGGGUUCUCUAUCUGUAUAUUAGACCAGAACAGAUGAUUUAUAAGCUAAUAUUUAAAUGGAUAUUGAAGUGCAAGAAACAAAUUGUCCCAGGGGCUCCACAUGCUGUAAAAAAAUAAAGGCACUUACACUCACCUAACCAUCCCCAGCCGCUGCAGUUGUGACAUAAUUGAGUCAGUAAUUAUGCUUUGGGCUGGAGUUAUCGGCAUAUAUUGUCCCUCUUUGCAAUUUUCAAAAGUUGGGAGGUAUGGCCUGGUCAGCCAAUGACUGGCUUAGGCGGGUCACAGCAGUGGCCAGUCAUUGGCUGAGUAGGCAUCUCCAGCCGUUUUCUGUGUGUUGAGCCUGGACCAGGAAGCGGAGAACAUCAGUGGUGGGGAAUCAGUGAUCGGAGUAAUCCUUCUUUUAUUUUUUUCACAUCAUUUUACACCCAGUAUCCUGACAGACAACCCCUUCAAGUGAAGGCCCACUCCUGAUUAAUAUUCAUGACUUUCAGCAUAUCAACAGGGUAUGCAUUAUAUUUUUAUUUUAACAUUCCCUUCCUAGCUUUCUAACUUUGAAUAUAUUUGAUUUAUCAGGGGUUUCCAUUUGCCACUUCUUAAAGGGAACCUGU